AUGGCUCGUACAAAGCAAACUGCUCGCAAAUCUACGGGUGGAAAGGCUCCUCGGAAGCAACUUGCAACCAAAGCAGCAAGAAAGUCGGCUCCGGCUACUGGUGGAGUGAAGAAGCCGCAUAGGUAUAGACCUGGCACGGUCGCUUUACGUGAAAUUCGGCGAUAUCAAAAAUCAACAGAACUGCUCAUCCGCAAAUUGCCCUUCCAGCGAUUGGUCCGUGAAAUUGCUCAAGAUUUCAAGACUGACCUCCGCUUUCAAUCGUCCGCUGUACUUGCCUUGCAGGAAGCCAGUGAGGCAUACUUGGUUGGCUUGUUUGAAGACACUAAUCUGUCCUUUAAUGAUCUUGAGAGGGAUUUGCCCGAAGCUUUGGCCUCACUACCUUUUCCACGUUUCGACAUAACUCUUAUCAUCAAGAUUGCUUUGCACCUAACUCCGCUGCUAUCUAUUUAUAGUCCUAUCGAGAUUUUGUCAACUGAGCUCCACCCUUUUUGGCGGGACGCUGUGGGUGGAGCUUAUUUGGCAAAUCUGCUCGUCAAGGAGUAUAAAUAUGUAGUUGGAGAGAAGAUUGCAUUAACUAGUCGAGUAGGUCGUGUCGUGAUGCCUCCGAAACCGUCAGUGAAGGGAGCGAAGAAGGCUGUCAAAUCGCACAAAGCGAGGGGCGGGGAUAAAAAGCGUCGUCCUCGGCGUAAGGAGUCUUACUCUGCGUACAUCUAUCGAGUCCUGAAACAAGUACAUCCAGACACGGGAAUAUCUUCAAAAGCGAUGUCAAUUAUGAAUUCGUUUGUCAACGAUGUCUUCGAGCGCAUCGCAGCCGAGGCAAGUCGUCUUGCACAUUACAACAAACGGUCAACCAUUUCAUCGCGUGAGAUCCAAACUGCAGUACGUCUCAUUUUGCCAGGUGAACUGGCAAAGCACGCGGUGUCAGAAGGCACAAAAGCGGUAACCAAGUAUACGAGUUCGAAGUGA